AUGCCCGGUCGACAACCCACAUACACGCACUAUGCCCAGAUUAUCAUCUCGUCGUGCAAAAUCGUCCGUGAUGGUGAGUCGGCGUUGUUUACCGCGUCUGAAAUUGCCACGAACAAGGAAGGGACGCUUGAGUGGGACUACGCCGUGCGAACCAGCGGGAAAUUCCGGGAGACCCACAGCUCUGGAGUGACCGUACAUGCGGAUACACAUUAUGGUCUAGGGACUAAGGAUAUGCCUCAAGGCGACAACACUUCUACUCAUUAUCACGCUUCUCCACUGCCAAUUCAAUCAUCUACACAGGAUGGGACACCGGAGAUAUCAACCUUCGACCACACUCAGCAAUGCCCUCAGCGACCGUCAUCAUUGCGCAGGCAGCUGUUUGCUUCCGCGUCAGCGCUAGCACACGAAGCGUCGGUCAUUCCUAGGAGACGGUGCGUGCCCGUUGGUCGCAAGCGACACACGACGGUCAGGGUCGGGAAACAUGUGCAUCACAGGACUGAACAGCUCGACUGUCUAGUCUACCGGUGUCACGAACGGUUGAUAUUGCUCCACUUCUCAGGGCGGACUGACGCCCCUCUCUACGGUUCAGACCACAUGGGAAGACUGGUUGAUGAUUCCCGCUUGGACAGCGGAGUCUGUACUGAGCUUUUCCUCGAUCUCGUCUUCAGUGUCAUCUACGGUUUCUGUGCAAGAUACGACCGAAGAAGCGACGAUAUCCUGACGCCCGCCGCCCCUAGAGUUCUCUCGGCACUCAAGUUGAAGAGCAAACAGAGCGCUGCCAGUCACGGAGAAGUCAAGGUACAGGGUCCGACGAACAUCUGGACAGGACGAAACGCCAUGCCAGCAUCUACCGAGCCACCUAACCGGGCAUUAAUGCCCCUGCUCUACGAAGAUGUAGGGAAACAACCCUGGCGCUGGCACUGUGUAGGGUGGGUUGAAACCUGGCCGAUAUGGCACCAGAUCUUCGUCCUCAUCGUUCCGAAUACUGUCAGCUCGGCUCCGGGAUUAUCCGUCUCGCAUACGGGCGCUCUCGACAAAAGUCCCUUUUCUGCGCCCCGUUCGCGUACCCAAUGGGUCGUUGUAAUUUCACCACACCCGCAAAGUCGCAAAUUCCGCGCUACGGAUCGGCAAAGCAGCAUGACCGACGGCCUCAAGGCCGUUAUCCCGUUUACCAACUGGCGUCGAGACCGCAGUACGACAUGGUUUUGCGGCAUGCUCCGAGCGGUUGUGGUCAUCAUGAACGGGCGCACUGCCGCAACUUCGCAAGAAUGCAUACCCACUUCUCCAUCAACGCGCAUCGACAGAUACUGGGAUAAAGUUAUCUACAUAUAUGUACGAACACCAUACAGGAGCCCUGGCUUCAUGAGACAUGUCGACGAUGUUGACGUGAUGAUCGUUCGCCAUGGCCGGGGUUACUCGAGACACCCCCCUCCAUUCUCGUACUUCCGUACUCCACAGUUUCUCCCAGGUCCCCAUGCAUGCCAACCCCUCCUUACCGUCCAGCACGUGUCGACCAUCCAUCCGUCCAUUCACCGACCUUCUCGUCUCGAACGGGCGGCUGGCAUCUUGCUUUUCCCCCGCGUGCUAUCCCAAAAUCACUGCAUGGCGCGGUAUCUGGUCGCAUGCGUAGGCAGUGUCGCACCCUUGAAGCGAGCCGGGAAAACAAAGACGGGAAACUCGUCUGGUCUGCAGGAGACGCUCUUGCUGUCUCUGGAGCCGUCAUCAAAUACAGACAUUUUAUCACGAAUGCCAGCACAACAACUACCUGCCUACUUCGCUCGAGGUCGGGCUCUGAUACCCAGGGAUCGCUCAGACGUUUCUGAUUCUUGGGCUUGGGAGACGGGCCAGGUCUGGUUCUCGACGAGGAAGGCGCAGAAGCGGGAGAUGCACCCUAAGGUUUCGUCUUGUCUUGUGCGUCCUCCACCCGCUCUGAGCACCUUCGGGACCGGAAAGCUUCUCGAAGGUGUGAUAAUUAUUCGCGAGUCCGCCUCGUCGUCUGAUUACGAACCGGCACGUAACAUCCUUGCGGCUGAACGAAUUGCCUGCCAAAUGGAAUAUGUUAUCGUCCUCGGGGUGAUUCCCACAUUGAUCGUCCGCCAAGGCCCCGACAUGGCGUAG